GAAGGAGAGAAAGCAGCAAGAACGGGCGAAAAGGAAAGGGCGCAGAGGGGCAAGGAGAUGGAAACAGGGAAAAACGCUAUAAAAGCAGGCGAAAACGGGGGGAAAUGCGAUAAAAGGCGGUCCCACCGGUGCGGAAGCAGGAAUCAGGCGGCAUUGCUGGGAUUCCGUGGGGUUUGUGCCUAA